CUCAGUGAGGGGCUUCAUUUUUGAAAUUGCAGCCUGUGAACGUGAGCUUGUGCAAGGUUGGAUUUAAUUUCCUCAGCAGUUUUGGGAUGACUUGCCAAUGUGGAGCCUGCGUUUUGCUGAAGGGUAAUGAGAUGGAGAUUCUUGAACCAUUUGAUCAGUUUUAAAAUGCUUUCUGUUGCCCCAAGGACAGCUUGCUGUCCUGCUUAAAUGCUGCCUAGGAAAGUUUAGAGGUGUAAUUGAUGUACUUGUGAGGUGGACAGGAGUUUAAACGUGGAGAUCUGGACCUGUGUGGAUAGGCAGGCAACUUUCUCCAUGUGUGCAAGCCCUUAACUGCCUGUCUUCUUGUGCAUUCUUUAUGAAAAGGAUGGAAAUGCUGCUAUGUAACCUGUCCCUGGCACUUGGAAUUAAGAUGUAAUCCAUAAAUCUGCAAAAGAGAUGCUGAGCAAGAACCUCAUGCAGCGUCGUGUUGGUUGAUUUGAUUUCACAGUUGUGUAAUUUCUUUGGGUUUUAUGCUCUUAGAGUGCAGGAGGAUGGCUGCAGGUUAAGGACCUCGAGUUACAGAAACGUAAUCUAAGCUGAUUUAUGAGCUUGGUGCUAGGAAGUCAGUUUCCAGAUAGUCUUUUUCUACAAAUCAAAUGCUGAGGAUUUUCUCUGGUAGAGGGAGAUUGAUUUUAUUUAUAAACAUGCUCGCAUUUCUUGUCAUGUUUGUAUUUCAGCAAGAAUGGAUGGUAAGCAUCAAAAUAAAUACCAGUAUUGGCAGCUGUUCUUUCCAUUUUUGACUUUUGCCCAUUUCAAGAAGGAGCGUAACGGUUCCAGGGCUAAUUAACAGAGAUUUCCAAAGAUACUUACACAGAUCAUAACAGUCAUCUCUGUUGUGCAGGCAGCAUUGAGGUGAGACAAAAAAUUGUCACACAGACUCUGAAUUUCUCACGAGGGAGAAAUGGGAGCUGAAUCAAGGGGGGAGGGGGGACAAGAAGAAUGCAGUGAACAAUUAGCAGGCAAUAACUCAUCUUUCCUGAUCUGAUGGCCCCAAGCCAUCCUCUGUACAGUGCUGAGACGCCCCUGCAGUAAAGCAGCCCUUCCUUCUGGGUGUGCCCUGGUUCCUGGUGGGGCUGGGCAGGUUGGAACUGCCGUAGUCAUGGUGACUGGGUGGUGAGCGUGGUCUCAGUCUGCGUCCCUGCUUCUCAGAGCUCAGUAAUUGCUUAAAAUUGCUUUGCGCCCUGCAGAAGCGGAGGGGAAGGGGCUGUGAGUGCUGUGCUGGAGCUGUCGGGGCAGUGAGCAAGCAGGGGGUGCCAGAAGGCCGGCGCAGGGCGUGCAGCGCCUGGAGGAGCCGUGGUGCUGGUUCUGUUUGAGGUCACAGACUGCUUCCAACAGACGGGGGCUGCAGCAACUGUCGCACACACUCUGAAUCCGCAGGCAGGACUGCUGGCACCAUGCAGGGCCGCAGGGCAGACAUGAACCAGCAGAUCCAGGAGCUGCGCAACAUCAUUGCCUUGCAAGGUGCUGCUCUUACAUUGCAUUGCAGGGACAGCCCGUGCAGAGCUGAAUCCGUGGGGGCUCUGGGGUGCAGGAACGCGUGCACUGGUUGAGGGGUAGUGACUUGGUGGCUUUGGACAUUGGUCUCCAGUGUGAAGCUCAAACGAAAUGGGUGACAUUCCCACAGGAGACAGAAUCUGCAGCGGCUUCCUGUUCCCGUGGGCGCAGUGACUGGAGAAAGGGGGCGUCAGGUUGCCUCUGGGGCUCAGUGGGGCCUAGGCACUAGGGAAGCAGCAUUUGGCCCAGAGUCCCAUGUCUCUGCCUGGCCACUGUCCUUUCCCCAUUUCCCAAGCCUCUGGGGCAGAGGAGGGGACUCGUGUUCAAUGCGGGGCAGCAGCAGUGGGUGGUGUGGCACUAACGGCUCCUUAACAUCCUGCAGAGCAAGGAAAAAAGUUUUCCAGGCAGUUGUCUGAGGAAAAGCAUAGGCAGAACAAAGAUCUGCUUUCCCGGCUGCACGGGAGGUUGCGGGAGGACAUCCAUGCACUGGACAUUGCCCAGAAGCAUGACCAGCGCAUCAUGUCUGAGUUUUGCAGAGCACAGAAGUACUUGUGUGGCAAAACUGUGCAGGGGGCCCGAGAGAAGCUCCGGAGCAGCAUCUUCGACCGGGUGAAUGCCUGCAACAUGCUGCUGCACGAGGUGAAGCAGAGGAGCCAGGCUCGGGAUGCACUGCGGUGGCAGCUGCAGCAGCUGCUGGAUGUCAGGAUCAAUGACAAGAGGCACCAGGAGCAAGUGCAGAUGAUUCGCCAGCUGGAGAACAACAUUGAGAAGAUGCACAUGAAAAUCCACGCCGGGCAGAAGGUGACCACGCUGUACCUGGCACUGCGGGAUGUCCUGAAGAAGGAGCUGGACUAUCUGCUUCUGCAUCUGGAGCUGCUGUACACCAUGGUUGGGGCGUACCACGGGGAGGUGCAGGACAGGGAGCUGAUGGCUUCGGGUGCUCUCAGAGCCAGUGACAUUACCAAGAAGGACCUGGCCAUGCUGGAAACCCGAUUCUUGGCAGAGGAGGAGGACAGACACCGCAUCCUGUCUGCCCGGAAGGUGCAAACUGACUGGCUGUGGCUCAAGGAGGCAAGCAAAAAGCACUCAAGAGCGCAAGCCAGGUAUGACCUGGCUGUGGACUUCCCCUCCCUGCUGAUGCAGGACUCAGCGCUGGGCUCCCAGCUACAAGCCACUAGGUCACAGAUUGAGCACGAGUCCUUUGUGACGGCGGAGGUGGAGAAGGCCAAGGCUGCGGUGCAGUGCUCCCGUGUCUGGGACAUCACCAGCAGGCUGCUGGCACAGCAGAAGUCCACAGCAGAGCUGGAGCAGCACAUCAGAGCCUGCAAGGAGAAGCGGCGGGCACUGAAGGACACGCUGCAGGAACUGGAGCUGAAGCACGCCAAGCUGAAGUUCCACCAGCCCCCAAGUGCUAUCAGCUGCAGGAAGCUGGAGGCAGAGCUACGGGUGCGCCUGCAGCAGGAGGAGGCCCGGCUGGAGCAGGCACGAGCCCAGUAUGUGAGGAACCAGGAGCUGCUGCUGCAGUUUGAGAACGGCCUCGACAACCUCAUUGUCCGUCUGCAUGGCAUCAACGUGCCUGAGCAGGAUGGGUUGGAGGGGAUCUCGAAGGCCAUCCAGUUCCAACCCUCCUGCCAUGGAUUGAGUGUGCUCCACCAGCUCAGGCUGCUCAGGGCCCCAUCCAGCCUGGCCUUGCACACCUCCGGGGAUGAGCAUUCACUGCUGCAGCGCAUCACUGUGGCACUUGGUGCAGCCACCAUCACCCAAAGCAACUCGCUGUCCCCAUCGUGGUUGUCUUUCUCUCUACCUGCAGGAUCUCACCGUCGAGUUCAAAGGGGUGGAUGAGAAGCUGCAGCACUGCAGGCAGAAGCUGCAGCACCUGGCCCAGCGCGUGAGCUCCCUGCCUGCCCACAGCUACAGCCCUGAUGAGGACA